AUGGUCGGCGAAGCCAAGACGUACGUCUCGUUCGACGUCGGCGAUAACCUGCGCCCCAUCCCGGACCUCCCGAGAUUCGACACCGUGCGGUACGACUACUCCGCCGCGCCGGACAUCACGCGACUGUUCGUGUUCAAGCUCGUGAAGGGGAAGUUCUUCGUCGGGCGGACGAAGAAAGACGUCGAGCACGAGCUGUCGCGGCACCGCGCCGGGGACGGCCACCCGUGGUCCGCGAAGUUCCCGCCCGUGCGGGGGGACGACGCGACGUACUUCUCGACGGAGAUAUCGCACAACGCGGAGGAGGACGCGAUGACGGAACGGCUGAUGCACGAGUUCGGCGUCGAGAACGUCCGCGGCGGGACGUACAAGCAGAUGACGCUGCCAGAGCACCUGGAGAAGACGCUGAACGACAAGUUCCGUUGCUGGGAGGACGAGUGCUUCGUGUGCAAAAAGGUUGGGCACUUCUCGCGGCAGUGCCCGGACUGGGAGACGCGAAUCGUCGACGCGGAGAAGAAGGCGAACGAGUUCUCGGACAAGUUCGACAUCGGCCUGUCGCUGCUUCCGGGCGCGAAGACCGCGGCGCAGAGAGAGCUGCGCCCGUGGACCACGGAGGAGAACACCGCGUUGAAGCUCGCGCUCGAGAGCGGGUUGUACUCGAUCAAACAGAUCGCGACGCGGCACAACCGAACGGAGGGGGAGAUUCGACUCCGUAAGCAGGAGCUGGGUCUGGGGCAGACGUUCAACACGAUGAACCCGCAGCUCGCGAACGUGUUCAUAAACAAGGCGGUGGAUCGACGGCUGAUUCACAACACGAUGCACUGA